UCCCCGCGACACAGCCAUGUAAACUGCUCUCUGCCCUACGUCACACUCCGCUCACUCCACGACUUUAUAUUCUCACUGCAAGACUCGUCUUGUACAGAAUAUCCGGCAAGCGGUCGCUUCCUAAGGGUUGCAAUGCUGUGGUCGGUGGUGAUCGCUGUGUGUAUGAGCAUUCUGCUGUCGCCAGUUACCUCUUUCUCCCCGCGAUUCCAAUGGAUUGACUCCGAUGAUAUCCUCGCCCAGGCGCUGAUGGAGGAGCCCACGUCAAGAAUGGAAAACAGAGAACUAGGCGAUGAGCUGAUGGCCGAGAAGCGAGCCCUCUCCGUGCUUUCGAGGUGGAAGCCGUUCACCGACACAUUCCGGUCCAGUGGGCUGCCCAGCCGGUCGCACAUAAUGAGCGAACUGCUGCCCCGCGGGGUGGAAGUGGUGUCGGCCGAGACUCGGGGUACCCUGCGCCCUCAUGGACAGCCUCUGAGGUGGGGUCGACGUCGCUAGCUACAGCCAGACCUCGUGGUCUCACAGCUCCAGUCACGGCACUUGGAGCUCUGAGUCCACGCCAAGCUCUGUAGCCUAAUCCUCGUCUACUGCUACUCACUUCAAUUUCUUCUUAGUUUUGUUCCAACGACUUUGUGAUUAAAACUGCUUUAAAACUCCUGU